AUGCAAGCCGUCCGUGAGAAGGCCAUCGACCUUCUCGGCAAGCUUUCCGACAGCGGCAUUGGCAUGCAGCGGGUCGCUGUAGCUGUUGUUGAGAAGACUAUCGACCUUCUCGGCAAGCUUUUCGACAGCGGCAUUGGCAGCGGGUCGCUGCAACUAUUGAGUCCAGUGACGAUGGUUGGCGAGGUUCGAGGCUUGGCGCCUGAAGACAAGCGGCAGCCGGGCCAAAAGAACAGCUGUGCAGCUAAUAUGUUGCGGCUGCGCAUGCCUAUAUACAAACGAGGCAAGGGAGGCAACUUUCGCCGCGAUAUCGUUGUAGUCACGUCGUCGUCGCGGUGGGAAAUCUGCGUUCCAUUCGCAGAGAGACCAUGCCAGAUCAUUCUAUUUUGCUUCUCGACUGCUCUUCGCCUUCAAUUAGGUCAUGGCUAUGCUCAGGUGGCCGAGCGAUGCGUGGAAGUUGUUUGUUCACGAAGCGGUCGACCUCUGGCACCUCCUAGCGAAGGUCAGCCUCGCGAUAUCUGCGAUGUCCAGUAUUAA